AACGACUAUUAUUGUUGUAUAUAGAUUCAAACGGGCAAGAACUUGUGUCAACGAUGGAUAUAAUUUACAUACCGCUCGUGCUCAUUGCACUGCUCUAUUCUCUUUACUAUUACUUCACAAGGACUUUUAACUACUGGAAGGAGAGAGGCAUCGUUGGACCAGAACCAAUUCCGCUAUUCGGUAAUUUGAAAAACAGUACAUUUCGCUAUGAAAACAUUGGCGAAACAGUUGCUAGGAUAUACCAUGAAUACCCAAACCAGAAACUCGUCGGUAUAUUCACAAUGACGAGUCCUACACUUCUAAUCAGAGAUUUGGAUAUCAUCAAACACGUUGUGAUUAAAGACUUUGACCAAUUCUCCGAUCGUGGAGUCGAGCUCAAUAAGAAAGGCCUUGGUGAGAAUUUGUUUCACGCUGAGACUAAUACUUGGAGAGUACUCAGAAAUCGUUUCACGCCAUUGUUUACGUCGGGUAAAUUAAAAAAUAUGGUUAAAUUGAUGACCGAACGGGGCGAUCGGUUCAUUAAAUAUGUUGAGUGCAUUACAAAGGAUAAAGCCGAACACAAAGUCCAUUCCCUUGUCCAGAGGUACACUAUGUCUACAAUAGCAGCGUGUGCGUUCGGCAUGGAUAUUGACGAUAUUUCAGACAACAAUCCUGUAAUUAAAACGUUAUAUAGAAUAGACCGUGAACUGUUCACGAUAAGGUAUAGCUUUGAAUUUAUUCUCAUGUAUCCACGAUUGCUCAAGAAACUGAAUAUGUCCUUCUUUCCUAAAUAUGUGAUUGACUUUUUUUAUAAAUUAACAAAAACAAUAAUCGACGAAAGGCAAGGCAAGCCCACGAAUAGGAAAGACUUUAUGGAUUUGAUUUUAGAACUUAGAGAACAGAAGGAAAUUCACUCAACAAAAAAGAACGAUAGUGAUAAACAAACUCACGUGGAGAUUACUGAAAGUGUUAUCGCCGCGCAGUCUUUUAUAUUUUUCGCAGCAGGAUACGAAACUAGUGCUACUACCAUGAGCUAUGUGCUGUAUCUGUUAGCGAAAAAUCCUCAUAUUCAAGAGAAAUUACAUCAAGAAAUAGAUAAGACACUCGAGAAACAUAACGGUGAAUUGACCUACGACGCAAUUCAAGAUAUGACUUAUUUAUCUAAAAUAUUCGACGAAACUCUCCGAAUGUUUCCAAUAGUGAGUCAAUUACAACGAUGUGCACAAAGUGAUUACAAAAUCCCUGGCACAGAUAUUGUUAUUUCAAAAGAUCAAAUAGUGUUGAUUUCACCGCUUGGUAUUCAUCACGAUCCUAAGUAUUAUCCAAACCCAGAAGUGUUUGACCCGGAAAGAUUCAAUCCUGAAGUUGUAGGUACAAGGCAUCCUUGUGCUUAUUUGCCAUUCGGAUUGGGUCCAAGAAAUUGUAUUGGCAUGCGCUUCGCUAAAGUGCAGUCCAGCAUAUGUAUCAUCAAGCUUCUAUCGAAAUUCCGGGUAGAACCAUCAGAGAAUACACUAAAGGAAAUGCACUUCGAUCCGAUGAGAGGAGUUUUAACACCAUCUGAUGGAUUAUUGGUGAACAUAGUUCAAAGGUGUUAACUUCGUAAGAAUCCAGUUUGAAAUUAAAAAAGGAAACAUGUCAGCAUUUUAUAAAUAAGUUUAAUAGAAGUA